ACUGGAGAGAGGGAGGGAGGCAAGUCAAACGUGGGGAAGGAGAGAGGAGGAGAAACUGGGAAGGAGGGACGUUGAAGAGAGCGAGAAGAGAAACUAGAGGGUGGUGGAGGGGAACUGCACAGCAAACAGGAGGGAACAGACUGGAGGGUGAAGAGGGACACUGGUCAGAAGGAGGUGGAGGAACUGAAAGCUAGGAGAGAAACUAAAUAUUAAUGAGAAAUGUGAUACAAAUGAUAAGGACGGCGUGAGAACUGCAAAACGUGGCUGAGAGUUGGACGUUACAGAGUGAAAGAAGACAAGAAGGGCAACUGGGUGCACAGAGGGUAGCCAGGUGCUUGUUACUGAGGUAUCCGUGCACUGGAGCCUGUUUACUUCGUUUCCUAUCUGCGUCCGCUCUUCACAUGAGUUAUUUAUUUAUACACUGUUUUCGCAAUGGAAGUUGAUUCUUGGCAAGUGAAGGAGUAGAGCAACAGCAACACAUUUUUCUGGGACUCCUCAGAUGUAGGGAAUAUUUCCCAAUGGACCCCAAAGACCUUUUAAAGGCCUCUAAUGGAUCACCAGCUUUGAAGAGUGGACAUUUCAGUGGCAAGGCGGGAAAUGUGAUUGAUUUCUUUACAAGUUAUAGGGGAGGAGCCAGUGUCACUACAUCUUGCCCAACCCAACCUGCUUCACAGUCAGACACCAGGCAACAGCAGCAGCAGCAGCAGCAACAGCUGCCUGUAACUGGGGAUUCAACUAAUGGAUUAGGUAGUGUGCCUCAGCCAGACCUGUCCAAGGCAGUCUCCCUCUCAAUGGGACUCUAUAUGGGGGAGCAAGAAACAAAAGUGAUGGGUAACGAGCUUGGUUUUCAACAACAAGCACAGCUUGGGGUUUCUGCAGGAGAAACAGACUUCAGGCUGCUGGAAGAGAGCAUUGCUAGCCUGCAAGCUAAAUCAUCUUCAGAGAAGGGUCAAGAAGGCUCAGAAGACAAAAGGGGAUUUUUUUCAUGUGAUCUGCCUACCCAGUCAAGUCCUUCAAUGCAGGGUCAGGGUGGCAGCAUUGGGAACAACAAUCUGUUGUUUCCAAAAGACCAAAGCACCUUUGACCUUUUACAAGAUCUGGAUCUACCCCCAGACUCACCUAAGGAUGCUAAGGGCAGUCCCUGGAGGUUGGAUCCUCUCUUUGAUGAGGAUGAUGAUGUGGGAUUGCUGUCCCCUUUGGCUGUUGAUGACCCCUUCCUCAUGAGGGCUGAAUCUAGUGAAGAUUGUAAACCUCUAAUCCUGCAGGACUGCAUACCCAAAACAGGCGAUCGCGGUGGAGAUAUUUUGUCCAAUCCAGAACAACAGGUGUCUCAAGUAAAGACAGAAAAAGAGGACUAUAUAGAGUUGUGUACCCCUGGUGUUGUGAAGCAGGAAAAAUUUGGCCCUGUCUACUGUGGAGGCCGAUUUCCUGGUCCAAGCUUGUAUAGUAAUAAAGCUUCUGCCAUCUCUGUCCAUGGGGUCAGCACUUCUGGGGGGCAAAUCUACCACUAUGACUUAAAUACUUCAUCUGUCAACCAAUCACAACAGGAUCUUAAGCCUAUCUUUAGUAUAAUCCCAACUCUGACAUCCCUUUCAGAAACCUGGAAUAGGACCCAUGGGAAUACAGAUGACAAUGUGGCAUCCCCAGGGAAUGUAAAUUACUCUAACAGAUCUGUAUUUUCCAAUGGCUACACAAGUCCAGGAAUGAGACCUGAUGUGAGUCCUUCUCCGUCCACCUCCUCUACCAGCACAGGACCACCUCCAAAGCUAUGCCUAGUUUGUUCCGAUGAGGCUUCUGGUUGUCACUAUGGAGUAUUAACCUGUGGCAGCUGCAAAGUAUUCUUCAAGAGAGCAGUUGAAGGUCAGCACAAUUAUCUUUGUGCAGGAAGAAACGACUGCAUUAUCGACAAAAUUAGAAGGAAGAACUGCCCAGCUUGCCGCUACCGGAAAUGUCUUCAAGCUGGAAUGAACCUGGAAGCACGGAAAACAAAGAAGAAGUUGAAAGGAAUUCCGCAGUCUAGUCCAGCAAGCAUAAGGGAACCCACUGAAAGCACUAUGAACAAGGCCAUGGUUCCUGCAGCAGUCCCACAGCUAACACCCACCUUGAUUUCACUGCUAGAGGUUAUUGAGCCUGAAGUAUUGUACUCUGGGUAUGACAGCACCCUUCCUGAUUCCACAUGGCGGCUCAUGUCUACGCUCAACAUGCUAGGUGGACGGCAAGUAGUAUCAGCUGUCAAAUGGGCAAAAGCUAUUCCAGGUUUCAGAAACUUACACCUGGAUGACCAAAUGAUCCUUCUGCAGUAUUCAUGGAUGUUUCUGAUGGUAUUUGCACUUGGGUGGAGGUCUUACAAGCAGACUAACGGCAGCAUGCUGUAUUUUGCUCCAGAUCUAAUCAUUAACGAGGAAAGGAUGCAUCUACCCUAUAUGCAUGAACAAUGUCAGUAUAUGCUUAAAAUUGCAAGUGAACUGGCUCGUCUUCAAGUUUCAUAUGAGGAAUAUCUCUGCAUGAAAGCUCUGAUGCUUCUGAGUACAAUUCCAAAAGAUGGAUUGAAGAGUCAUGCUUUGUUUGAAGAAAUUCGGAUGACUUACAUUAAAGAGUUGGGAAAAGCAAUAGUUAAGCGAGAAGGGAAUUCCAGUCAAAACUGGCAAAGAUUUUAUCAACUGACAAAACUAAUGGACACAAUGCAUGAGGUGGUUGAAAAUCUACUAGCCUUUUGCUUCCAUUCUUUUCUGGAUAAAACAAUGAGUAUCGAGUUCCCGGAGAUGUUGUCCGAAAUCAUCAGCAAUCAGAUACCAAAAUAUUCAUCUGGAAAUAUCAAAAAACUUUUAUUUCAUCAGAAGUGACUGCCUUACUAAUAUAAAAUAUAUAUCUAUACACACACAUAAAUAUGUUUGUGUGUAUGUGUAUAUAUAUGUAAAGUUUAUGUAUAUGUAAACACAUACAUAUAAAUAUAAAAGUUGCCUUAAGGAAAGCAAACACGAAAUUAUAGCUUUUAUUGUAUAAAUGAAACAAAAAAAUAUAUUAAAAGAAAUCAGACGUGGGAAUUGUCCUUGCAACGGUGUUCUUUUGUAAUUAUGCACUACAGGUUAUGUGGUUUACAGAGGGCCAAGAUUUGGACUAUGGAAAAUUCCUCAUUUCACUCAAGUAGUCACUGAGACGAAAAACUGAUGGAUAAGCCAGAGUCUGCAUUGUGAACAUUCUGCUAAAAAAAAUUGCCAUUGAAUGGAUAAAUUUUCCUAGAAUUUUAUUUUUAUCUAUCUUUAUUGUCAAGUGAUUUUUUUUUUUUGUAUAGUUGAGAUUAAAGAGGGUUUGAUUAAUGCAUGUAACACGAGGAAUGUUUACAAGUGUUUAUCCGAAAAGGGAAGUUGUGCCUUUUAUUUUAUUUUUUUUUAAGAAAAAAGCACUUAAUGUUGAAAUCUAGCAAUUAUCUCUCAAAUUUUUUUUUUAUAAUGUACUGGCCUUUUCCUUUUCGUACAUCUAUUUUUUUGUAUUCUUUAAAGAUUCUGUUGUAUGCAUUACAUUUUUUAAACAGCGGCAGCUCAGAACUUACCUGGAACAGCUAAAAAAAAUAUGGUUCCAGUAAAAUGGGUUUAAUCAAAGUGAAUGUGUAUUCUCUCUCUACCAUGAGCUUUUUCUCUCAUCACACAUUUAAAUAAAUUGCUUUGAAAUUAUAGAUAUUACUUAAAUAGAUUGUAGAGAUAUAUGGCCAAAAAUUCUUGUUGCAUCUCAGAUGACUUUUUAUGUACGGGCAACAUUCAUGUAUUUAAGUGGAUGUAACUGUCAAUAUUAAGCUACAAGGAAAUCCCUGCACCCUGUUUUUAGUUUAAAAAGAUGUGUGUGUGUGUGUGUGUGUGUGUGUGUGUGAUUUGAAAUAUAUGCACAUGUGCCAUAAAAUUCUCAGAGAAGCUUUAUUCGAAGCUGCUGUAGCCAUUUCAGUAGUUUACAUAUGUGAUGUAUAUGCUUUUAGUAGUAACAAAAAAAAAAAAAAAGAAGUAAUUGACUUUAACAGCUAUUCACUUUAACGUUUUUUUAAUCAGAUAAAAAAAAAUAUUUUUUACUUUUAUCAGGGUCACUACAAAGCCACUGUACCACAGGUUAAAAAAUAUAUGUAAUAAACUGAAAUAUGUUGGCUUGGUAAAUAUUUUUUACAAGCUUUGUUUUCAUAUACAAAUGAUCUAUUUAUAGUUUUAAAAUGUAUGCCAUAUUGGUAUAAUUGGAAAUGUGUGUGGGAAAUGAAAGGGCUACUGCAGCUUGUAUGACAGAAAAAUACUUUAAAUUAUGUAGUAGAAAAAGGUUAUCAACAGAAUGUUUGGUAAUAGUAUACAGGUUUGUCCAACAUUUAUCCUCAAGAGCUAGCGAUAAUGGCUUUUAAGUUCAUCUUGUUCGUUAGUAACGGUGAGUCAUUUUAGUCACUCAUCCAUUUAGUUUAUCCCAGCUCAAAAAUCUAGGAUAUCUUCAGCUCUCAAGGAAAAACACUGGACAAACCUGUGUCGGUUAUAUAAAAAUUACAAGGUUAAAACAAAUGCCAUUUUUAAAUCCUUUUCUGGCUUAAACUUCACUUAUGUACUUAAAUCUAAAUAAUUUUUAUAGCAUUAACUUGCUUUAUACAAUUAUCUGUCUUACAUUGAGUUAUUUGUGUGUCCAAAAAACUGGACUAUAAGCACUUGGCAGUUUUUGAGUAUAUAUUUUUAUAUUUCCAUUUGAAAACAUGUCCUCUUACUUUAAAUUGGGGAUAAUUCUUCUUGGGCCUAGAAUUUGUAGGAUGUACCAUCUCAAAAAAUGGCUUGAUUUUGUCAUUCUGUAGAGGUAUUGAGUGAAAUGUGUUCAUUUUGUCUAGUGAAAUGUCUUGUGGGAGGCAUAGAAUUUUGUUUUUCAGGGUAAAAUUAUCUACCAGUUAUACACUUUUUACUGUUUUAAUAAGCAAGGAUUUUUCAUAUUUGUUUCUAAAACCAGCCUGUCACAUUUUUACAAGUCUUUCAAGUAAAUUCUGUGAAAAACUA